AUGCGUGUACAGAGGAAAAAUAUGCGUUCUAAAUUGUUGUCAACAAAAUUGGAGCCUAAAGAAAGUGAGGUUAUUACCGAGAAAAAAAAUGUUGUCCAAGGAAGUCGUAUUGUUAAUGUUGAAGAACUUGCCAAUAACAUGAUAUGCAGCAAUUGUAAUGAUGAUCUAGUACUCAGAAAUAUUAUACGAGAAGAUACAGAAGGUCUUCAUUCAUGUUGGUGCAUCAAAUGCGAGAAGUGUAAUGGCAUAACAAAAGUUCAUACUGGCAAAGUUCGUGUUGCUGAAACUGGGAAGUUUGCAGAUAAUAAUACACGAGUGGUUUUAGGUGUCAUACAUUCUGGUUCUGGUCGUACAGCAUUGAACAAGUUGCUGGCUUGUGUUGACAUGCCAACAAUACCAACUGAAAUUCUUGAUGAAAUUUAUCCUGAACUAAAGAAAAUCUAUUUAUCAGUUGAUACAAAUGAUGAGCCAAUGACACCUGACCUGGUCAAGAUCUUUAAUGCUGCUGUAGGAAGUGUUGUAAAUAUUAUAGUUUCUUAUGAUAUGGGAUGGAGUAAAAGAGGCAAUGGGAAAAGUUAUGACAGCCUGAAUGGUUAUGGUACUAUAAUUGGAUAUUUAUCUAAAAAAAUUCUUGAUUUUGGCACAAGAAAUAGAAAAUGCAAGAAAUGUGACAAUGGUCAUAGCCCUGAAACUCAUUCUUGCAGGAAAAAUUAUCAAGGUAGUGCCAAAGGCAUGGAAGCAAAUGUAGCUGCUAGUUUAGUAAAUGAAAGUUCAAUUUUAAAAAGUGCUGGUGUUAGUGUCAGAGUUGUUGUUGGUGAUGACGACAGUUCUGCAAUUUCUGCAAUUUUACAAGGAGACGCUGAAAAAAUACGUAGUAGUAUUCUAGUCAUUGGUGAACACGUAUAUGGUAAUCAUGAGAACUGUGGAGCUUGGUGCCAAAAGGAAAUGAAAAAACAUACCAUAACAUUGACGAAUGAGCCACUACGACUUGCACUAAAUGAAUUACUCAUGAAAUAUGCUUGCAAUUCAACCAAGUUUUCUGUUGCUGCAACAAGUCAACUAAAUGAGAUAUUCAAUGGUAUUGUGGCACAUAAAAUGCCGAAAAUUCAGUGUCAUAGCCUGACUGCAUCUGGAGAUUAUCGAGUGGCAAGUGCAGUGCUGAAUUUUAAUGAUGGUGAAUCAUACUUGAUGAAUAUGGAAAAGAAACUGGGCAUGGAUCCAGGAACAUACACUUCCAAGUUUGCCAUGUUUUUGGAUUCUAUCAGACAUCAAAGAUCAAUAAAAAUAAAAACAAGAGAAACAAAAAGAAGACGUAUAAUGCUGACCGAAGAAAGAGAAAAAUUAAGACAGAAAAAUGAAAAAGUUGAAGGUGUCCAGUAUCAGAGAAACUGUGGUAUAGAAAUUACUGCUGACUGUAUACAAGUGGUAGCUGAAAUUGCAUUUGAUAUCAAUGAACUUGAUGUACCAAAAAUAUCAGAUGAUUGCCAAAUUGUAUACUUUGACUUGGAGACAUCUGGCUUUGCAAAGACAGCUGACAUAUUGCAAAUUGCAGCUCGAUGUGACAAUCGGUCAUUCUCAGUUAAUAUUAAUCCAACACAACCAAUUCAUCAAAAGGUAACAGACAUCGUAGGAUUGAGAAAUAUCAGGGGUGAAUUGUACUUUCAUAAUGUACUAGUCAACUCUGUAACGUUACACGACUCUCUAAUGGCAUUUCAUCAGUUUUUAAUUGUACACUCAAAACCAUGCUUGUUAGUUGCACACAAUGCAUCAUUUGAUAGUACACGUCUGUUACAGGCUAUCAAGCAGUGUUCUUUGUUGAAUGAUUUUAAUUUUAUUUCUGGUUACACAGAUACUUUAUCAAUACUAAGAAAAAAACUGCUUGAUAGGAAAGGUGAAGGUAUGUUUAAGCUCUCAACAUUGGCCAAAGAUUUGUUAAGCGUUGAGGCCAAUGACAAGUUUCAUGAAGCACUAUAUGACGUUGAAAUUUUAGAAAAAAUCACUGCAUUGAUGAUAUCUAAAAACGAAUGCUCCGUUGCAACAUGUCCCAAUCGUGGUUUUUAUCUCAAUGGAGAUUUUACUACGACCAUGGAACAUAAUGGCGAUGAACCUGAUCUUCACUUGCUCAGUAGAUCCAAAUGGUUGAAAGAACUUCGCGUACAAUGUGAAACAGCUAUACAGAGUAUCAAUGAUAUUUUCAAUGAGGUUACUGGCAAACAAGAGUAA